GAAGGGGUGGGAGCAAGUUCAGUGCUUGUCCUCUCGGGGACACAGAGCCGCUCACACGACCUUCCUGGAGCCCUUAGGGGGAAACCGUGCUUCCCCUCAGCAACCUCGGACUUGCAUGCAGCGAGCUCACAGCCCAGGGACUCGCGCGUCCGGAAGCUUUUUGACUUUCCCGGGACACCCCUCGCCCCUCCCCGGAAGCCCGGUGCAGCGGAUUUGGCGCGCUUUUAAAGUCCCGGGAGUUCGGGUCUUCCCGGCCGAGGACACGCCCCUCUCGGUGCCGCGGGAUGCCCCCGGAGCCCGCUCCGCGGAGGACCCGCGAGGAGGUGGACGCGACGCUGCAGGUCGCCAAGGUGAACGCCGCCGAGCUGCUGCCCACCGUGCACUGCCUGAGCUUCGGCCCCGGGACCAGCGGCGCGGCCGCCGGGGACUUCUGCCUGCUGGAGCUGGAACCCGCCCUGUGCCAGCAGCUGGAGGCCGGGCACAGUUUUGUGAUUCGAGGAGAUAAGGAUGAACAAGCUGUGUUGUGCUCUAAAGACAAAACCUACGACUUGAAGACAGCAGACACGUCUAAUAUGCUGCUUUUCAUCCCUGGUUGCAAAACUCCAGACCAGCUGAAGAAGGAGGAACCACAGAGUAGCAUUGUUCACACUGAGAUCUUUGGUUUCUCUAAUAACUAUUGGGAAUUAAGAAGAUGCAGACCUAAGUUAAAAAAGCUAAAGAAACUUCUAAUGGAAAAUACCUACGAUGGCCCUGACAGUCAUAAAGAAGAGGAUCCAAGCCGCUCAAAAUAUACAACUGAAGAUUUGCUUGAUCAUAUUCAGGCAAGUGAAGGAGAAAUAAUGGCCCAGUUGCAAGUCCUAAAUGCCUGUGAGAUUGGAGGUUAUUGGAGGAUUCUUGAAUUUGAUUAUGAGAUCAAACUUCUGAAUCAUGUAACUCAGCUUGUGGAUUCUGAAUCUUGGUCUUUUAGUAAAGUUCCCUUGACUGUAUGUCUGCAGGAACUUGGACCUUUGGAGCCCGAGGAAAUGAUUGAACACUGUCUUAAAUGCUAUGGAAAGAAAUAUGUGGAUAACGAUGAGGUCUAUUUUGAGUUGAAUGCUGACAAAAUAUGCAGAGCAACAGCAGAGAUGCUGCUGCAGAACGCCGUGAAGUUUAAUCUCGCUGAGUUUCAGGAAGUGUGGCAGCAGAGUGUUCCUGAAGGAAUGACCACUCGGCUUGAUCAGCUCAAGGGUUUAGCACUGGUGGACAGAAACUCAAGACCAGAAAUCAUAUUUUUACUGAAAGUGGAAGAUUUGCCUGAGGGAACACAGGAGCGCUUUAACAGUCUUUUUUCUCUAAGAGAAAAGUGGAUGGAAGAAGACAUCGCUCCAUACAUCCAAGAUUUGUGUGAAGAGAAGCAAACUAUAGGCACACUGCUUACUAAAUAUGCUCGUUGUUCAAUGCAAAAUGGUGUAAAAGUUUAUAAUUCAAGAAGACUCAUUUCUUAAAAGAAUGGCACAUUUUUUGGAGGGACUGAAUUGAUUUAUAAAGUUGCUGGAUACAAUAAAAACGAUUCUUUUGCA